GAUGUGCUAGAUUCCUUGUGAGAAGACCAAGGAUUAUAAGUGUUUUAAUUUUCUUUUGGGCACUCAUUUUGUAAUUAUGGGUGACUUCACAAAGUUAGUGAAGUCUAUAUAUUAAUAUACAGAUAUGUUACCUUCUCAAAAAAAAUAAAAAUAUAAUUGGCUUGCUGAGUCUGGAUUUUUUAUUGCAUUUCAUGAGCUAUUCAAAUUCCAAGUCAGGAUUUUCACUUGUUGCACCCUUAUCUAAUGAGUCAGGAUUCUAUAAUGUCUUCAUCAAAAGCAUAGACCUGAUUAAAUGUUUUCGGUAGUUUCUCCAUGUUAACUUUUUUGUUUAUAAAGUAAAUGGUAUAGGGACUUUGUUUGAGCUAGAGGGGAAGGUCAAUGGUUCCGGUUACCUGGAGGUUACAUAUUAUGUGGGGUGUGUGUGUGCGGAGGAUGAGGUUAUUUAUACCUGCUAGAGGGGAGGAUCGUUUCAAGAAGAAUCUCUGAUUAUACCUGAAGAACUCUAAUUGCUCGUCCCAUUUUCUUUUCUUCCUUGUGUCUACAGAAAGCUUGCUUCCUAAUCUGGUAAUUCACCAGAAAUGCAGAAAGCAGUCAGGAAGUGAUGUAUUUAGCUUGUUAUGUCCUGCGAUACCUCUGCUGAUCCACUGAGUUUACUAUUAUGCAAAACUCUGAUAGCAACAUGUGGAAUUUUGAGCAGCUGUUUGUGUGUCAAUUGUUUCAAUAUUGUGUGCAACAAGCAUAGAGAGUAUUGUUCUCUACUGGAGUGGACUGCUGCUGUUCCUGUCUAAACAUACCAAGUUGAUUUCUUUAAUAUAUAAGAUUAAAACAUAUCCAAGUUGAUGUCCAUUGUUUAUGUGCUUUUUUUUGCUUAUUUGUGCUGCUAAAUGUGUUCUCACAAAACCUGCAUUUAAGUAGCUGUCUCCUUCUAAUGUUAAACUAUUCCCGCCUUACUACAGUUCACCAAAAUUUGGCUUGCCGUGCUGUAGAAAAUGUUGGAUAUACUUCAAAGCCUGAACACAUGCAUGAGUCAAUUCCUACCAGUUUACCCAACACUUUCAGUAAUUGCAGCUUGGCAGUUCUUUCCUGCAUGCAACCAGCAGAUGAUGUUUCUGCACAAAGCAGGAAGAUUAAUGUUACUCCAAAUAUCUUGUUGGCCCAACCCUCGAAUAUGGGGAUGAGACAAACAAUGGAGGGAAAGAUUAUUAAGACAGAACCAAACUAUGCUAACAAUUCUCAUUUCAAUAUUGGUGCUCAUAGCAGUUUCUUGGAGUCACGUUCUGCACUGGGUGGUGCAUCUAUUUUGCCAUUUAAUAGCAUGCAGUUGAAGUCACAACCUCUCAACAGACUUCCAGAUGCUGACACCACUUCAUUUGGAUUUUUAGGGGAAAUUCCUCAAAAUUUUGGUCUCUCAGGCUUGUCAACUGACUUCUCUAAUAGUUCUGAUAUACUAGAGAGCUACUCCAGGACUUCUUUUCUAGCAACAGACACAGGAAACUUGCUUGAUCCAAAUGGAGACAUUGAGAGGUUAACCAAUGCAUCAGAUAGCUUGCAAUAUGAAGGUUUUGCUGGCGAUUGAUUCUAUUGGUAACCUUUUUCCAUCUCUUAGAUUGCGAAUAUAGAAUUUACUUCGGGUCUCAGGUGGUAUUUUGUGUCCAUUGGGCACGAAAGCGCCCGUGAUAUGUUCUAAGAUACCUUUGCUACUUUUUGGGGAUUGCAUGCGGUUCUGUUUCCUGAAGAGUGAACAAUUGAGCUUUAGCAUUUUGCCUCUUACAAUAUGUGUCCUUUUUUUAUUUGGGUUCUUUUUACAGUUGGGCUCUGUUAAGUAACUUAGUAUCUAAUUAGGAAAUAUUGUAGUAAGAAAUUGAAAGGAAAAAUAUCAAAAAAGAGAUUCUAGGUGACAUUGUUCUGCCAUGAGGCCAAUGAUGGUUAUUUUGGGAAAAUCAUCUGCAAGUUUCCACAACUUAAAUUUCAGGUUGAACGAAGCGGUCAUAAGACUCCACUCUAGCUAAAUUAUAUACAAAUGAAAACUUGAGGCAAAAAUUAAGAUAAACCAUUUAGUCAUCAAUUAGGAGGACAUAAAUUAACACCCCAAUAAGCUACCUUUACUUCCAUGGAAUAUUCAUUUCCACCUUGCUUUAUGAUUCGUUUUCCUAUAAAUUUUAUAUAAAGGAGCUACAGACAAAACUGGAAAGUAAGUCAAAGAAGAAAGAUUAUGGAGUAUAAACAGUUAUAUCGUAUUAAUUUUACUUAUUUGAAAGGCAUCUGAAAUAAUCUCAUAGAUUAACAGAAAGAAACAAAUGCAGAAGGAUGAUUAUUUUCAUGGUAAGAAGAUGCACAGGUAUAUAAAUCGAUUCAAUUGAAUUAAAAAGGGCUGUGGUUCAACAGUAAAGGUAGUACAAUGCAUGAUGUAUCAUAGGUGCACGUCAAGAAUUCUAAUCCUGCUGGUGAACCAAGUCUGGUCUAUUUAAGUGGAGAGGGGUAGAGUGGCCUAGUAUCCACUGAGUUACGGAACUGCAAACAACAAAUCUCACUUCUAAAAAAAAAAGGGUUAAACGUUUAUUACAUGUAAUGAUUGGCUAAAAUUAGGCUGCGCAAUUUAAAGAACACUACCUGUGUUGCAUGAUAAUAAGAGAAUUAGCUAUGUCUGAACAGAAUUUCGGUUACAUUCAUAGAUGACUACAAAGAUUUUUUGUUAGAAUCUUUUUUUUUU